CCCCACCCCCACCCCCACCCCCGGGGCCCAGAAGCACGCUACGGGGAAGGCGGCCGGACUCACCCGCGGCGCUGAAGCCGAAGCCGGCGGGGACGGGCGAGUGUUCCGCGAGCUCCAGUCGGAUGACAACCAGUGACACACUCAUAGGGCAGGCGCUGGCCGGCGCGGGCCCCGGCGGGCUCAGGAGAGGCUGGGAGGCGAGCUGGGAGGCCGAGCGGCCCGCGGGUAGCGCCGCCACCGCCUCAGCGCCGCCGCAGCAGCCUCGGCGGAGGAGCUCCUCUCACGACCCUCGGAGCCACAACAACCUCCACUUCCGCCUCCCGGUCACAGGGUGCCUCUUGCGUGGGCCGGCGCGCGCUGCGAUUGGCUGGGGUGGCAGGCACGUGGCUGGCGUGGCGGCGUGGAGCUGGAUCCCUCUGGACGCGAACGCGAAGAGGUUGGGAAGGAGGAACGUCGUGGGCGUUGCAGGCACUCGUUUCCCCCCACAUGAGGCCGAUCGCUCUGGCCUCAAGAUGCACAUAGGAUGGCUUUUCCAGUCCUCACGUCUCCAGUGGGCUUGGAGGGCAGCCUUCCUGGGACACAACCAGUGCGGGCCCCACGGAGCCUGGCGAUGGACACAUUCCGGAGGCGGUCCCUACAGGGCGGUCAUUUUUGACAUGGGUGGAGUUCUCAUCCCUUCUCCAGGGAGACUGGUUGCAGAAUGGGAGGAACAGAAUCACAUCCCUUCCGGAACUAUAUUGAAGACCUUCGUCUCAGGCGGUGAGAACGGGCUCUGGAUGAGAUUUAUGCGAGGAGAGAUGACAGUAGAGACUUUCUUACCAGAAUUUGGGAGACUCUACUCUGAAACUUCAGAGACCUGUGUGCCCGUGGGCUCCUUUUUCUCUCUGCUGACCAGUGAGCAAGUGGCGAAGCCGUUCCCAGUGAUGACUGAGGCCAUAACUCAAAUCCGGGCGAAAGGACUUAAGACUGCAGUCUUGAGCAAUAAUUUCUAUCUUUCCGAUGGCCAGAGCUUUUUGCCCCUGGACCGGAAGCAGUUUGAUGUGGUCGUGGAGUCCUGUCUGGAAGGUGUCUGCAAGCCGGACCCCAGGAUAUACCAGCUGUGCUUGGAGCGGCUCGGCCUGCAGCCUUCUGAGUCCAUCUUUCUCGAUGACCUUGAGGAGAAUGUCAAAGCAGCUGCCGGCCUGGGCAUGCACACCAUCAAGGUUCAUGACCCAGAGGCUGCAGUAAAGGAAUUAGAGACUCUCUUGGGCUUUACCUUGAGAACAGUUGUUCCAAACACUCGCCCUGUGAGAAACGCAAUGGAAAUUCCCAAAGAUUCCUUGGAGAAGUACCUCAAGGACGUGCUGGGGACCCAAACCACAGGCCCAUUGGAGCUCCUUCAGUUUGACCACGGGCAGUCAAACCCAACUUACUACCUCAGGCUGGCCGGCCGGCAGCUGGUCCUGAGGAAGGAACCCCCGGGGACACUGCCUCUGUCUGCCCACACGGUGGGGAGGGAAUUCAGGAUAAUGAAAGCCCUGGCAGACGCUGGAGUGCCCGUCCCCAGAGUUCUCGACCUCUGUGAGGAUUCAAGGAUCAUCGGCACGCCCUUCUACCUGAUGGAGUACUGCCCAGGCCUCGUCUACAAAGACCCCGCUCUCCCGGGCUUGGAGCCCAGCCAGAGGCGGGCGGUGUACACGGCCAUGAACAGAGUCCUGUGCAGAAUCCACAGUGUGGACUUCCAAGCUGCGGGCCUAGAGGACUACGGGAAACAGGGGGACUAUAUCACACGCCAGGUGCAAACCUGUACCGAGCAGUACCGAGCCUCAGAAACCAGCACCAUCCCGGCGAUGGAGCGGCUCAUCGAGUGGCUGCCGCUUCAUCUUCCUAGGCAACAGAAGAUCACGGUGGUGCACGGGGACUUCAGGUUGGACAACCUGCUGUUCCAUCCAGAAAAGACCGAGGUGCUUGCUGUCUUUGACUGGGAACUUUCUACCUUGGGCGACCCCCUGGCGGAUGUGGCCCACAGCUGCAUGGCUCACUACCUGCCACCUGAGUUUCCCAUACGGCCAGGUUUGGGUGGCCGAGAUUUGGCUCAGCUGGGCAUCCCCACCGCAGAGGAGUAUUUCCGGAUGUACUGCCUUCACAUGGGGAUUCCUCCUGUGGAGAACUGGAACUUCUACAUGGCCUUCUCCUUCUUCCGGGUGGCUGCAGGCGUGCAGGGGGACCACAAGCGCCCGCUCCCAGGGCAAGCAAGCUCGGCAGCCGCUGAACACACUGGAAAGCUGACUGAGCUCCUGUCCGACCUGGCCUGGGAGUUCGCGGUCAAAGAAGGGUUCCGGGUUUUCAACAAGACGCCAGCCACAAAGCCGUCGGUGGGGUCCUACCACACGAGGGCUGGCCCGCGGUCCCUGCUGGGCACGCCAGGAACCAGGAGUUAUAGCUCCCUUGCGGAACCGUCCUCAGCCCACUCCUCAAAGGGAGCUCUGCUCACCUCUCCGGAGGGCCUUUCCCCACGGGUCAGGGAGCUCUGUCGGCGGCUGGAGCAGUUUGUGGAACGACACGGGUGCCCCGCAGAGCCAGAGCUGCGGAGUCACCAGGCCUCGGCGGAGAGAUGGACGCCCUCCCCACUGGCCGGGUCGGGAGGAAGACCUUGUACCCAGCCUGAUGGAGAAAGCCAAGGCCGAUGACUUUGGAACCCUUUCCUGCCCUUGGAGACGGAUCCUGGGGGAAGAUGCGGAGCAGCACCGACCAACGCGGAGGAGUGCGCGCAUCUGUGCGAACUCCCGGGCGUGUCUCUGGAUGCGCCCGAGAUAUUUAACGGUUCUGCUCCAGACACAGGGAGCGUGGAGCUUCUGGUGCACUGUGGCACCGAGGGGCAGAAGGCCCGCUGGCUGGUCCCGCUGCUGGAGGGAAAGGCCCGCUCCUGCUUCGCUAUGAUGGAGCCGCAGGUUGCCUCAUCAGACGCUGCCAACGUUGAGUCUUCCAUCGGAGAGGAGGAUGGCUUCUGUGUCACAAAUGGUCACAAGAGGUGGAUGUCAGGUAUCUGGCCUGGAACUCAUUUUUCAGUCACACUUGGUCGUCUGAUGAAGCUCUGCACGUUCAUGGGAAAAACAGACCCGCAUGCCCCACACCACCCGCAGCAGUCUGUGCUCUUGGUUCCCACGAACGCCCCGGGAAUAAAAGUCAUCCGGCCUCUGACAGUGUACGGGCUGGAGGAUGUGCCGGGUGGCCACGGGGAAGUCCUGUUUGAGCAGGUGCGUGUGCCCAAGGAGAGCAGCAUGGUCCUGGGUCCUGGCCGAGGCUUCGAGACCGCCCAGGGCAGACUGGGUCCCGGCAGGACCCAUCGCUGCACACGGCUGAUCGGGCACCGGGAAAGGGCCCUGGCGCCCAUGAAGGCCCGCGUGAAGUCCCAUGUGGCCUUCGGGAAGCCCCUGGUGAAGCAGGGCACGAUCCUGGCGGACAUCUCAAAGUCACGUGUAGAGAUUGAGUAGGCCCUGCUGCUGGAGCUGAAAGCUGCCCACCUCAUGGACGUGGCAGGGAAUAAGGCUGCAGCUUUAGACACUGCCACGAUUUACAUGGUGGCCCCAUCCAUGGCAUGCCGAGUGACCGACCGUGCUAUCCAGGCCUUUGGAGCAGCAGGGCUUGAGUCAGACUACCCGCUGGCUCAGUUCUUCGCCUGGGCCCGAGCGUCGUGCUUUGCCGACGGCCCCGAUGAGGUGCACUGGGCAGUGGUGGCCCAGGUGGAGUUGAAGCCUCACAUGUAGACCAGCAGGCCUGCGGGAGCCAGAAUGUCCCUACCAGACCGCAACGCCCGGUGUUAAACGAUGCACUUCGAAGGCCUGGUGUGUCUGACUCUUGCACCGUGUCGGCAGCUGUGUCCUGGGACGGUCAUUGUGAACACAACCUUCCUGGGUCCCCACAGCCGGCAUGUCUGUGACGAGCCUUGAGUUCGCUGUUUCAGCCAAGGAGGAAGGGACCGAGCCCGUGAAGCCGGUCUGCAGGCUCCCGGCCGGCGCAGGCGGCCCACGUGCCCUCUCUGGCGCUGGCGCGUCGAGGCUGUGCGAAUCCGGACCAACAUCAGGAGCCCCGCCGGGUGGGGCGCCUGUGCUUGCUCCCGACGGGGCUUCCCGGUCCCCGCGGGCCCUUCCCCUCGGGGAGAGGGCGGCCCUGAGGGCUGCACCUGAAGACCCAGGCCCAGUGCUGCUGGGAAAUGAAACCGGAAUCACGAAGCUGCCGCCAUCUGAUUUUCUUCCUUUGAGUUUCCACAUCACAGAACACUAAUUAUGAUACUAUUUUGGAAGGAAGGGGGCUUUGGGAACACGAAAGGAUAAGAAUACAUCUCAAGAGACUUCAUGAACGUCUUUGCAUCAUUCAAAAGGAAUUGGGAACAAAGGUCCCCGCUUCAGUCCCUCUGUGUCCGUGCGCCUCUUGUCUCCUCACACGUGUUUACACAGAUUCCGCCCAGUCACCGGCUCACACAGGUGGGGGGCCCCGACGCUGUCACCUCUGGUGGUCCACCAGGACGAAGAAGGAAAAAAGGAGGAUGAGAGCCAGUUCCAAGUUCCCUAACGUUGCAGAGGGCUCCCAAGGAACCAAUUUCCUGCAAAACUGGAAGGGAAAGAAAGGCAAAGCAAAGGCAGGGUGGGGUAGGGCCGUGGGCCCUGUCCGCCUGCAGCGAACGACGGGCAUUCCCGCAAUAUUCUAUCCCAGAGCCAUUGAGCAUUCUUCUGCUGCUUUCUUGGCAAGCACAGGAGGCUGGACUGCACCCUCCUCGGGGGUCCAGGGACAGUCACAGGACCACAGCUUCCAUCAGAAGAGCCAGCUCUGGUGGGGUCGUCCAUCCUUUCCUGCUCUCCCUCCUCCUCGCUCCCCUAAACCAGAGUAUGGUCUCGGCAUCCUUGCCUGCUCCCUCAAGUCCUGGUUUCAGGUACUGUCAGAUAAUUCCAGUAUAAUCGUGUAGAGGCAGAAAGAGAUAACUCCAAGCAACUCCUGGGUAGGGCCCCUUCAAGACAGCAGCCAGCAGUGAACCUGGAAGGACAGGCUCCAGUGUUCUCGGCCACAGAGCCCCAUCUUAGUCCCCUGUGGUUGCCUAGAGUCAGCACUUGUCUGUCACCACCCAGGCCUUCAGAGCUUCCUGGGGAGGCUUUGGGGAUGCCCAGGCCUG